AAUAUAAUCCUUGAAAAAUGAUUGAAAUCGCAGCCGAAAAGGUGUAAAGACUUAUGAAAUCUAUCCACCAUUUCUUUCUCCCCCAAAUUUCGGACACAAUAUAACCGGCUUAUAGUUAUGUCCCUAGUUUCCCUCUCUUCCACCACUCACUCUCCCAGCUCGCAAAACAUUCUCGCCAAACACCACGAUUCUUGAAAAUAUCAUUUCCCAAAACUAGAAACUCGAUUCAUUAUGUGAUUUUUUUCUUUUCUCUUAGUUCUCAUAGGCACAUUCACAACAAUGAAUCGGACGGUGAGCAUAAGCUUGGACGACGAUGACUUCUUCGACUCGUGCGACAGGCUAUCGUCCGUGGUGGCCGUGGACCUCGCCUCCCUCUCCGACGACGACGACGACGAGUUCUACGAGGCGAGCCGCAUGUCCUUCGCGAGAGGCGGCGCCUCCAUCAAGCGCAUCUACUCCAUCGCGCCGGUGCGACCCGACCCCUCCGCCGCCAUCCCACCCGCCUACGACAUGUGGAUCGCGGAGCCCGGCGACGUGAAGGAGCGGCGCAAGCGGCUCCUCCAGGGCAUGGGCCUCGUCAGCAACAAGGACCUCCUCCGCAUCGCCUCCUCCAAGGUCGUCCGCACCGUCUCCAUCAAGGCCAACGCCCCCGCCGCCGAACCGGCCAACGAGCAGCAAGAGAAAGACGCGGACGAUAAACCCAAGGCCCAGGCGGUGGCGGUGCCCGUGAGGGCGAUCGUGCUGGUGCGGUCGCGAUCAGACGGCGACAUAGACGUGUUCUCGACGAAGACGAAGCAGCGGAAGCUGGAGUUGAUCGGCCCCGUGUCGAAGAACAAGCUGAUCCGGACCAUGUCCGGGCAGCUGGUGCCGAGCACGUCCAGCGCCAUUAAAGUGGUCCGAGAGAAGACAGAGCACAGGAGGGCCCCCUCGGAGCACAGCGUGGGCGUGGUGCAGGAUGCCAGCAUUGGGUCCUUCUUCCUCAUCAAGAAUCUCGACACCGGCACGGAUUUCAUUGUCAAGGAGUUCAACGAGGAGGGGAUGUGGAACAAGCUGAAUGACCUUCAGACGGGGAAGCAGCUCACCAUGGACGAGUUCGAGAAGUCCGUCGGCUACUCCCCCGUCGUCAAGGAGCUCAUGCGCCGCGCCUCCAAGAAGCACAAGAAGAAUUCGCACUUCACCAAGAGCUUCCGGAGCAGCACCAAGAAGGGCUCAGCCAUUUUGAAGAAUCUCAAGGGCGCCGCCAGCGGAUUCCUCGUCGUUGAGAAGAUGGAGAAGGCCGUCGCCGAGAAAGAGGACAAGGACAAGGAGGAGAAGGAGAAGGAGAAGGAGAAUAAUACGGCCGCGGUGCCCACCGAGCAGAAGGUUGAGAAGCAAUCGCCUCAAUGGGUGGACGCCCAUCAGCACGGAAAAUCAUUGAAAGAAUUUACGGCGCUGCAUUUCUCUCAGGAGAUUCAAGCUCACGAGGGCUCCAUUUGGACAAUGCAGUUCAGCUCCGACGCCCGCUUCCUCGCGAGUGCCGGUGAAGAUACCCACGUUCAUGUCUGGGAAGUCCGUGAAUGUGAGGUGGCGCAACCGAAGCCGCAGGCUGAAGAUUCAAGUUCCCACGGUGCUCCUGCUGAGCCUAGCACUGAUGGUGAUGAUGCUUCCAAUCGCCUUGUGCUUGCAGAGAUAACCACUCUGAAAAAGGGCAAGAAAACUGGAAAGGGAGGAGCAGCCGCCGCCGCAAUCCCUGACCACGUGAAGUUGCCGGAGAUGGUGGUCGGACUUUCGGAAAAGCCCAAGUACACUCUCAAAGGUCACAAGGAUGAAGUAUUAGAUUUGGCAUGGUCGCAAUCUCAGCGACUGAUUUCGUCUUCGAUGGACAAGACGGUGAGGAUGUGGGACUUGGAAACAGAGAGCUGUGUGAAGAUCUUCGCCCACAGCGACUACGUGACUUGCAUACAGUUCAAUCCAGUAGCUGAUAAUCACUUCAUCAGCGGCUCACUCGACGGGAAGCUUCGCAUCUGGAGCGUACCUGAUCGCCAAGUUGUCGACUGGACCGAUGUUCAUGAGAUGGUUACCGCGGCUUCCUACACCCCUGAUGGCCAGGGAGCUAUAGUCGGAUCACAACAGGGGAACUGUAAAAUGUACAGUGUUCAAGAUUCGACGUUGGAACAUCGCAUGGAUAUCCAGAAGAAGAAGAAGUCACAAGCCAAGAAAUUCCCGGCGUUUCAGUCCCCAUCCAAGAAACUCCCCGGUUUUCAGACUCCAGCUCCAGCUGGAAAAAUCACUGGUUUUCAGUUCACUCCUUGGAGUCCAUCUGAAGUGCUCAUCACUUCAGCCGACUCUCGCAUCGGAAUCUAUAACGGUCCAGACCUCAUCCAAAAAAUCCGAGGAUUCCGGAAUACGAGUAGCCAGAUGGCGGCGUCCUUCUGCCCCGACGGAAAACACAUCAUCAGUGCCAGCGAAGAUUCUCAAGUGUAUAUCUGGAAAGUGGAAGAAUCCAAGAGCCAAGGAGCCGCCAAAAAGAAGAUCGUAGUUGAGGUGAAUGCUCAUGAGAACUUCGCCUGCAAAGACGUAUCGGUGGCGAUUACAUGGCCGGGGAGUACAAAAUACGAGGCGCCCGCCGUAGACCUACACCCCAAAAAGACAGCCACCAUAAAACGGCCCGCAAAUACUCCUUCAACGCAAGAAGAAGAUGGCGGUGCAGCACCAGCAGCUUUACCUCCUCUUCCCAAGAAAAAGAAGGAGGGCUCCGCGUCGGAGGAGAAGAAGGCCUCUGCGGAAGAUCAGGCCCCGGAGGAAACAAGUGAGGCGGCCGCGGCUGAGGCAUCAUCUUCUGCCGCGGAGGGUGAAACGCAGGCUCAGCCUGCGGAGAGCAGCAGCAGCACCGUGCAAGCGACGACGUGGGGGCUGGUGAUCGUUACAGCGACCUUAGAAGGCGAGAUCAAAGUGUAUCAGAAUUUUGGGCUGCCCGUCAAGGCCACUCGUCAGAUGCUCUUCUGAGAAUAACAAUUAGAUAUGUUUAUUCGACUAAGUUUUUUUAGACACCAGAGAUAAAUUGGAAGGCCUUUUUGGUAUAUCACAUGUAACUGUUUACAAUAUUUUCUUCUUGUGUUGUGGUUCAUCAAUACACGAGGCCAAAUGCUACAUCCACGUAUUGUCAAAAAAAUAUUAAGAAAAGAAAAUAGAGAAUGCGG